AGCGAGCGGGGCCCGAGUGCCGAGAGCGUCCCGUGGGCUGGCCGGAGCUGCCGGCUUUGGCCGCGGUCGGCAGCGCGUCCCUUCUCGUCCCGCCGCGAGAUGAGCAGCCCCGAUGCGGGCUACGCCAGCAGCGACGACCAGGUGCAGGGGCGGUGCUCGCUGCCCAUCAUGAUGCCGGCCAUGUGCCCGUGGGCAGAGUCGCUGAGCCCGCUGGGCGAGGCGAAGGCGAAGGGCGGCUCGGCGCCGUCGGGGCCGUCGGGCGGCCGGAGCAAGGGCGAGGCGCGGAUCCGGCGUCCCAUGAACGCCUUCAUGGUGUGGGCGAAGGACGAGCGCAAGCGGCUGGCGCAGCAGAACCCGGACCUGCACAACGCCGAGCUCAGCAAGAUGCUGGGUAAAUCGUGGAAGGCGCUGUCGCUGGCGGAGAAGCGUCCGUUCGUGGAGGAGGCGGAGCGGCUGCGGGUGCAGCACAUGCAGGACCACCCCAACUACAAGUACCGGCCGCGGCGGCGGAAGCAGGUGAAGCGCCUGAAGCGGGUGGAGAGCGGCUUCCUGCAGCACGGCCUGGCCGAGGCAGCGGCGGCGGCGGCGGGGCCCGGGCUGGGCAGCGAGGUGGCCGGCGGCGGCGGCGGCAGGAUGUGUGUGGAGGGCCUGGGACUGGCGUACGGCGAGCAGGGCUACGCGGCGGCGGCGGGCGCGGGCCACUACCGGGACUGCCCGCCGCUGGGCGCCGCGUUCGACGGCUACGGCCUGCCGACGCCGGACCCGUCGCCGCUGGACGCGGCGGAGGGCGAGGCGCCCUUCUUCGCGGCGGGGCUGCAGGAGGAGUGCGCGCUGGUGCCCUACGGCUACGGCCCGCACCCGGCGGCCGCCGAGUACCCGGCGGCGGCGUCCGAGAGCCCGUCGGGCGCGGCGCUGCGGCGGCACCUGCC